AUGCCGCAAAUCCAGGAUCGCUACCAACAGGGAAUUGAUAUGCUUGCUAUCACCUGCGACGACCUCAAUUGCUCUAGGGCCAAAGCUUCGAAAAACAUCAAAGCGGCUGGAAACGCCACUCGGUGGGCGAGGGGGAUGCAGGAGAGGGCUCGAGCGUUCCAGUCAUCGCAUCAAGCCGAGCGAGUCCAAUGGCUUACUCAGGACCAUUUCCGCGAUGUGACGGAUCUCGCGAGAUUGAAUCUUGACGACCCGAGCGCGGUUACUAAGCAGGAUGCGCUGCCACGGUACCAGUGCAAGACACCGAAGGCUAUGAACGAGAAGCAGGAAGAGUGGAUCAGAGGCGUGAAGGAGGAAGCUGCCUUCAUUCAGAUGGACAAUGCGCUUGGUCGCGGUGUCAUGAAGAUCUACGAAGAGCUUUGCGACCGCAUCGAGCAGAGCACUCGGACGCAGGCUUCUAGUACUGCGCAGCAAUCUUCGAAGGCUUCUAACCAGAACGGAUCAAGUGAUGGCAAGCAGACGGCGUCUGCACAUGACCGUCGUGGGGGUCGUUCGAGUGGGGCUUCUGAAGUCAUCAAUCAGUCAAAACAGGGGGUCAGUGGCCACCUCAGCCCAAAAGAUGAGGACGAGGAACAGGGAGCAGCGUUCGACAACAACGAGACUACAAUGCCAACCACAGCAGGUGUGCAGAUCUCCACGGGUACUUCCGAAGAUCAUACUGAAGCGACAAAUGCCUCGGGCUCAGCCCAGGCAUUCGACAGCCAAGACUUCAGUGAAGACGACGAUGACCUGCCGGACAUUUCCACGCAAUCUCCGGGCACCACCAUGACUGCGAUCAAGCAGCUCAGCAAGAAUAGCGUCAUCCAGACACCGACAGCGCUAGCACCAGAGCUGGAAAACUUUGGCAUCGCUCGCGACGAGGACCGACAGCCAUCGGGUCACAAGCGUAAGAGUCUGGUCGUAAGUUAUGGAAAGACCAAGGAAAGGGAUAAGAAGCAGAAGAUAUCUGCAUAG